AGCAUUCGCGAAGUGGUGCAUAGAUCAGCAGUGUUUCAGAUAUUGUUUUAUAGUCUUUUCCGACAAUUUUAAAUCAAAUAAGGUUUAAAAAUGGACAUUUCAUCAAUUUCGGAAGGUUUGCAAGAAAAUAUUAAAGAUUUCACUUCCGAACAAUCGCCUGAUGGUCCAGACGAUGAAUCCGAUCGUAAGGAAAUACUAGAAUAUAUUGCUGAACUUGAUGCGAAGUAUGCACAAAAAGCAUCCCUUCGUUCUCAAAACAAUGCACCGGAACGUCCUCCGGAGUCCUAUUUUACAAAAUGCGACUCCAGUUUAAAGAAAAAUACGGCGUUUGUGAAAAAAUUGAAACAAUUCACCGCUUCUCAACUGGAUGGUUUAUUGAAGGACAUGUCCGGGUUGAACCUGACCAAGUACAUUUCCGAGGUCAGUGCAGCAAUUGUAGAGGCGAAACUUAAGAUGAGCGAUGUGGCUCCUGCUUUGACGCUGUGCAGCAAACUCCACCAGACGUAUGCAGAUUUUAGUGCAAGCUUCCAUGACAGCUGGCAGAAGAUUUUACACGUAAAAGCCGGGGAGAAGAUUAGUAAUCCAAGCAAAAUGCGCGUGGAUUUAAGGUUUUAUGGUGAACUUAUAAGCAUCGGAAUCUUCACCAACAAACUAGGUUUGCCACUGUUGGGAGCUUGUCUUACGGGGCUCAUUUCACAGGAUAAGGAAGAGCACAGUAAUUUGUCUAUUAUACUUUCAUUCUGUCGACACCUUGGUGAUGAAUAUGCGGGGCUCAUACCUAAACGAAUGCAAGAAUUAGCUAAGAAGUUUUCAAUUUCUGUUCCCAGUUCCACUUUACUACCGCCGGACAAACAAAACAAUUUGAGAAACCUUUUAAAGGAUUAUUAUCAAACGCUUAGCGAGCAUCUUAAAAAUGAACACAAACAGUUGCAGUAUGCUGAAAAGUCCAGACGGAGAAUGCUGGAAUCAAAAGGAGAGGUUUCCAAUGAUAAAAAGGAACAAAUUGAAAUGCUUCAAAAUAACUACGAGAAACUUUUUUCUUCUACACAAACUAUGGCGGAUUUACUGAACGAGAGUUUGCCGGAGCUUGCUGUUGAAAUUGAAAUUUGUUCCACAGAAGGAAACGUAAUUGAUAAUGCUGUAGACGAGCAGUUUGCUAAUCUGGAUCCCUGGGGCGAUGAAGACACGCGGAACUUUUAUGUUAACCUUCCGGAUCUGCGUCAGUUUUUGCCAAACUAUUGCGGUAAAAAGGAGGAAGUAAUUCCCGAUGAACCCGCGAUCACCGAAGAUGUUCUUGAUAUGGAUGUGGAACCGGAAGCGGACACAGAAGAUCUUCAGGAUCUUCCUUCCGAACUGUCGGAAGCUGCCGAUGUUGAGGAUGAGCCGGUAACAGCACCAAGCACUCCCCACCAUCACGCCAACCGCGAGUACUUUGAGGCGUUUAUUGCAAAUCUACAAAACUGUGUCAAUAUGGAACUGAUUGAUUCGGCUUCCAUCGACUUUUUGCUGAAUUUGAAUACGAAAAACAAUCGGAAACGAGUCGUUAAGGUCUUGUUCGGUGUUCAGAGAACAAGGCUAGAUUUGCUGCCGAUGUACGGACGCUUUGUCGCGAUUCUAAAUCUCGUUUCGCCUGACGUGGCCAUAGAUUUGUGCCAGAUGCUGAAGGUGGAUUUCAAAUACCAGAUUAAGAAGAAGGACCAAAUCAAUAUUGAAACAAAAAUCAAAGUGGUGCGAUACAUCGGUGAGCUAGUCAAGUUUGGAAUUUACAACAAAAUCGAAGCCCUGUUCUGUUUAAAGUGUUUGCUGCACAAUUUUCAACACCAUCACAUAGAGAUGACCUGCUCGUUUCUGGAGGUUUGUGGAGUUUAUCUGUACAAUAGUAGGGAGAGUCGCUUACGAACCAAUGUUUAUCUGGAGCAGAUGAUGCGCUUGAAAACAAACACCACAAUGGACAGCAGGCAUGCGCAACAGGUAGAAACGGCUUACUAUUUAGUCAAACAACCGGAAGGUAUGCGAAUUCAGCGGAAAAUACGUCCGUUGAUUCAUACUUACCUCCGACAUCUGAUUUUUGAGGAACUGAACAAGUCAAAUGUAGAUAAAAUGAUUAAGCUGCUGAGGCGUUUGAAUUGGGAAGAUCGGGAUACACAGGAUUAUGCAGUGAAAUGUCUUUCGAAGGCCUAUUGUAUCCGAUAUCACCUUAUUCGUAGCUUGGCUGAUCUAGUGUCCGGGUUGAGCUCGUAUCAGGAGAAAGCAGUCAUAAAGGUGAUUGAUGCCGUUUUUGAGGAUAUUCGAGCAGGACUGGAAAUUCACGAUACCAAGCUUGCCCAACGAAGAAUAGCGAUGGCCAAAUAUCUUGGAGAAUUGUACAAUUAUCGACUGGUUGAGUCGGGAAAUGUUUUGAAUACGCUUUACUCUAUUAUAUCCUUGGGAGUCAGUUUCAGUCACGAAAUUCCAUCGGAAGUAGAUCCACCGGGUAGCUUGUUUCGGCUUAAGUUAGUAUGUGUACUGAUGGAUACUUGCGGGCAGUAUUUUACCAGCGCUUCCAGUCGUAAGAGAAUGGAUUAUUUCCUAAUAUUCUUCCAGCAUUACUACUGGUUUAAAAAGUCGGACCCCGUUUUCACAAGCGAUACCAAUAACGAAUUGUUCCCCAUAUUGAUUGAUCAUAUGUACAAGGAAUGUUUCAAAAAUCUUCGUCCCAAACUAAAGCUAUUUACCACUUAUGAUGCAGCCAAGGAUGCAGUGGAAACUUUGCGAAAGAAGUUAUAUCCAAAUCUAUUCAACAUGAAAGACGACGACGACCGUAGUCUCAAACCAAUACAAGAAAAUGAAUCCGACAAGGAUGAUACAGUGACUGAAGAUUGCACAUCUGAAGCCUUUGGUGAUUCGGAGGAUGAUGAUGACAAUCCGCGCAUUCAGCGGGAUGAAGACGAGGAGGCAAUGGAUGACGAUCUAGAGGAAGAUUAUGAUGGAACUAAUGAAGAGCUGGAUGCUUUGGAAAAACCUUCCCCGCCGGAAAAGACAAUCGAAGACUUGGAGUUUGAGAAAGAGUUCGAACGUAUGGCAACAGAAAGUUUCCUCGAACGUCUGAAAGAACCUGUAAAAGUUAACACCAAGGACAUUCCUGUACCAAUGACUACAAGAAGUAGUGGAGCGAAGAAAACAUACGAACAGUUGCAUGAAACGAAAGAAAAACUAGACACCGUUCCGUUCGUACUAAUGGUGAGAGGAAAAGGAAAACAACAACAAUAUAAAUCAUUUGAAGCACCUUCCGACAGUCAGUUGGCCAUCUACCUGAAGGAUCAGGAGCAAAAAAUUAAAGAGGAAAACGACAGCGUCAAAAGGUUAACACUAAACAUAACCGAGCGGCUGGAGGAAGAAGAUUAUCAGGAAUCGUUGCUGCAAAGCCAACGCUCGCCGGCGAGCAAUAAAAUUAGGAUACAGAAAGCACCCAAAUUUAAACAUCCCAAAGGUGCCCCCGAUGUAGAUGCAAUUUUUCAUUGAGCGUACCUUUUCUGAGCGUUAUUGUGUGAUAAACAAGGCCGAGUACUCCAAUAAAAUCAACUAUUAGAAUCAUGUAUCUGGUCCGAA